CACUGCUGUCUAUAAAUGGGAGGGAAGAAGCAUCCUUCCAAUUCAAGCAUCACUGAAGAAAUGGAUACUCGCAUUGCAUCAGCUUCUUUCCUUCUGUCUAUUCUCUUUUUCUCUGGUGCCAUUGUCUCUGCAGACUUCGAUUUCUUCUACUACGUUCUCAUGUGGCCAGGAGCAUAUUGUAAAAAAGAAGGAUGCUGCCUUCCCACAACAGGUAAACCAGAGCUAGACUUUUUCAUUGAAGGCAUGUAUCCGGCUAAAAAUUCAGGAGAGUUCGUCUCAAAAUGCGAUAUCACUACUAAAUUCUACGUUAAUGAGGUUGCAGACAUGAUCAGUGGCAUGUAUGCUUAUUGGCCGAACAUCACGUGUCCAAGCAACAACGGUCUGUCCAGUUGGAAAAAUCUAUGGGAACCGUACGGUAAUUGUAUGGGGCUGACCGAAAAGGAGUACUUUGGUGGGGCCUUGCAGCUGCGAUCUACGGUCAAUUUGCUCUCCAAUCUGGGAAGGGCAGACAUGGUGCCAAACGACAACGACUACGACUCAAGCUUGAUCUAUGCCGCCAUUAAUGAUGCAGUUGGAGGGAAAACGGCCAUGCGUUGCGUAGAAACCUCGUGGUGGUGGUUUUGGAGCAAAUCUCAGCUAUCUGAGGUCUGGUUCUGUGUAGACAAGAGUGGUAGCACAAUCAUCAAUUGUCCCACCUAUCCUAAGUUUACGUGUGGGGACAAAGUCACGUUCGGUAAAUUCACCUACGACAUGAUGAAGGACACGUCCGAAUCUUUCAACCCCAUCCAAAUGCCUACAUCCCUCUCCGAAUAAUCUUGGCCGCUUAUCACCGUGUCUUCAGUUGCUCUCUAGUGUUCGGAAAUUAUGCAAGUAUGAUGUUGGAUUUUCCAGUGUGAGCUUUGUUUCAUAA